UGACCUUGUUACCGACCAUUCAGCGAAUUUCGCCCGCAGCAAAAUGGAUUAAGUAAGAUUGUGAAUUACGCGUUAGCACUCGUUUCCAUUCGUCAGAAUGAUAGUGCAUGAACUAAUGGUAUAGUCUAAAUUAAUAGGCCUUUUAAUAAAUCUUGAUCUAAUUUGGUUAAUUAAGCGUAUAAAGCUUUUUUCUUUUACGAAAUUUAGCUACCGAAAUAAUUGAUCAGUGUUUAGUUUUCAAAAUUCUAAAUAUAAAGAGCAUCUUAUUAAAAAACUAAUAACGAUGUUUAGGCUUCAUCACUUCCAUGUACUCUAUUAAGUAAAUAGUAGUAGCGAUUAAUAAAUACACAUGUCUCAAGUCUCAACAAUCUCACUUGUUAUAAAAGCUGUUAAGAAAAGCCACCUGUCAGAUAAACCGCGGUAAAUCUUCAGUUAUGUGACUUCUCAUUGGAAAUUAAUGUUUAAUUUUCAACAUUGCUUUACAGAGACGAAGAAUGGUGUUCUUGUGUUCCAGAGCCUUGACGCUAAUUCCCAUCCUCCUGACGACUCCUUUACCGUCAAUGAUUAACGCUCAGUUGUCAACUACAAAUUUCCUCAAAGCAAUUGACGAGCCGAUCGCAAAUUUUCUGAACGCACGAGAUUUUGGUGUGCUGGGCGAUGGCAUCACGGACGACUCUCGUGCGAUCCAAACAUUUGUGAACAAUGCUUCGCUCCAUCGGAAAAUUGCUUUUUUUCCUUCUGGGGAAUAUAUCAUCAGUCAAAAUAUCUGGAUCGAUGGUAGUGUUAGCAUUCAAGGCUCUUCGCGUGGAAUAACCGUGUUGAAGACCCCACGGACGAAAAUCCUUCAAAUAUACUUUGGAAACAAAAGGCACGGCUUGAGAGAUCUCAGCAUCACACAUAUAUUCUUUGACGGGAUCACGUUGUAUUUCAGCAGUAAGAGAUUCAAGCACAAUUUUCGCCUGGCGAAUUGUCUGUUCUUCACCAGUCGUCAGCCAUUGCUUCCCAUUAAGAAGAAAGCUAGCAUCGUUUGGCAACGUGUCGCAAACGGUAUCAUAAGCAAUGUGGUUAUAUUGCGUUCCAAGGCUACCCAUGCGGUCGGCGUGUCCUUUUACAAGACGAAAUACGUGCGAGUAGAAAGCUGUAUUUUCGGUCUCAAUUUCAACAACCUGACCUGGUUGACUACCCAAUAUCAAGGUAUUAAUACUUGGACCAGUUUGAUCGAGAAACUUCAUUUCACUAAAGGGCACUAUAGAAUCACCUCCGAUCAGGGACGCUUCCAAGCAGCCUUGUAUGGAAACCGUGACGACAACCUCACAAUCAAAUUGAAUAUCUUCAACGGUAGCCCGUACAAGUCGGGUUUUAUUGAUCACGUGAUUUACCUGAAAGGUUUCGACGGCCUGUACGUUUUGGGCAACUACGCCCGCGGAUGGCCGAGCACUGCCGCAGGUGGUUUUAAAAUGCGAAACGGAGAGAAUUUGGUCGUGGCACGAAACUACCUCGUUGACACCGGGAUCCUCUUGUACACCCAUAAGGAGAUCAAUUUUGAUCCACUUCACCAAGGCCUAUCGAACGUUUAUAUCUAUGGCAAUCACUUGGUUGAACUAACUAAUAUUGGGAAAUGGGGGACAGGAAUAAGCUACUACGAACCACAUUGGUUUGGCGACGAUACAAACGUCAACUUUUGUCGCAACACAUUCGAGAUCAGCAAUUUGAAUCUCACGUCUCCACCAAUAGGAAUUCACAUCUCUAACGGUGACAAGGAGGAGCAUCACGUGUUCAAAGAUAACGUAUAUUUUGGUACAAAAAUUCCGGUAAAGUUGUUCGCCAUGGAUGAUACAGAAUACGAAGAUGGCACAUGUGACCAAAGGAUGGUGUCACGGUACCAAGGCAUCCUAAUUCCGAACUUGGUGAUUCCACCAUAUUGUAACCGAAAGACGUUUCUAGCUGAUUGUAGCCUAUAACGCCACAUUGGCUGGAUUUGACUUGAUUUCAAACUUUUGUGUGAAAAGGUGUAUUUUAGCCAUCGGGGGAGACAAAUUUUCUGUGACACCGGUCAUUUUUUCACCUUGCCGAUUUUUUUUUUACUGGAUUGGGCGCAUGCAUUAUUGAUAAUUCAUUAUACAGAAAUUAUUCUAAGUUCUAACUAAGGGUUUGUUAUUAUAGUUAAAUGAUAUUCACUGAGCUGCGAAUACUUGGUUUAGUAUA